UUAGGUUUUAUUACGUGUUCGCUUUCGCAGGGAAGGAUAAGGAACAUCAGCAUAUUCAUAUACAAUUGAGUUUGGAUAUAAUUAUAAUAUAAGAUUCGACGAAGCUCGAAUUUUUAUGGGUGCAGGCGUUGGCACUUCCUUUUUGUAGGUUCAGAAGUUUGGCGAAUCUUUUUACAUCCACACAGUUAGUGUCUCAAUCAAGCAAGAUGGCUCGUCCACUUUCAAAAAAAUUUCUGCAACUCGUGGUUGCGAGUGCCUUCGUUGGCGCCGGGUACGGUGUCAAGCUGCAAUAUAUGCAGAAGCCCCCUGCGGUGGGCAUGGUAUCUUGUCAGAAAGUCUGGGACGAUGCGAUGCUGUUGGCAGGUAAGGGCGCCGUUGCUCCGACAGCGGGAUUCGAGAACUUCAAGUUAGGCUUGUUAAUACCAAUGAAUAUGUGGUCCAAAAAGAAGACUGACAAGCUCCGACCCGCAUCGGCUUUGAACCCAAACAGAUACUGCGGAAGUCGGCGCACAUUUGAGGGGACGGAGAAAGUUGAGGCGAAUAUUGUUGAAGACGCGAAGUCAGCCGUUCUAAACGCAAACGGCCCAAACGGGUUUUGGAGCGUGGAGCUAAUGGAGGGGAUUGCGUUCCGUGAUGUUUUGCGUAGUCACUGCUGCCUGAACAAGCCGAACCAGGUCGCCUCCACUGUGCCGCCUCCAAGUCCGCCUCCGCUGUCGAAUCCUCCACCUCUGGGGACGUCGCAUACUCCGGGGCCGCAGGCAGAAGUUCUGCCUGCAGCGACUUCUUCGUUCCAAUCCGCUACGCAGUCGCAUCCGGCGGCCGCUCAACAGCAGGGUUCUUCAGGAUCGCAGGCUGCGGGUGGUUCUUCAGGAGCGCCGGCUGCGGGUGGUUCUUCAGGAGCGCGGGCUGCGGGUGGUUCUUCAGGAGCGCCGGCUGCGGGUGGUUCUUCAGGAGCGCCGGGUUCUUCAGGAGCGCCGGCUGCUCCGGUACAAGCAGCGGGUGCGCAACCGAAGCCAAACAAGGACAGCAAAGGUUGCUGCUGAAAUCAAAGGGCAGAAAAACGGCGAAUGAGUAUCGAUAUCUAAGUAGAAGUCGUAUCAGAACGAUUUGUACUACAAGUGAGGGUGACGCUGACGUUUACUAGAUGAUAAAUUAAGUUUUGAAAAAUGGAGACGGGUAUGGCUUAUUUUGCUUGUUUUUGGUUCUUUUCUUCGUCGUAAAUGGAACCUUGGCUGAUGAAUAGCGUUGAAGAAGCGUGAGUAGCUUUGAAAAAAAUUUCCAUAUGAAGAUAUUCAUAGAUGUUGUUUAUAUCUUUUAUGUAUGGAGGUGGAUCUUGAAACGGCGAGCAAGCACUAGCACUUCUUGUCAUUGAUGUGAAAGAUUGUAUCGUACAGGUACAAAUCGAGUAAGAAGGACUAAAGACAUAACUAGAUCCACUUGUUUUAUAAUUCAACAAACUUGCGCUAUUUCUAUUUUCUUUGUGUACUUAUAUGAAAAUGAAUUGCAACAUUGGGCAAAGAUGAAAUACUAACGCGAAAAAGGGCCACUGAGUCCUAAUACUUCGCUCUAAGGAAAUAGCGUAAACGUCAGCGAAGAUAGGAAUAAAAUGAUGUAGCAACUAUGAAUUGAAAGACACAGACUUGAAUCAAAGAAGGCGCUGGAUGCUGCGUCGAAAAUUAUUUUGUCAGCACAUGUCGGAGGAAACUAUUUUGUCGGAGGGUUGAUUUCUCUUAUAAUUCGAUAGAAGUUGAAGGAGAAGCAUUCAUCCUCCUUCGAGGAUAAUCAUGAGCCCGCAUUGCACUUCAUGAGUAUUUUUUUUCUUUUACCACACGGGCCAUCCGGGUCGCGAUCGCGUGCGAGAAUAAUCAGAAUCCUGAGAAGAUGAUAAUAUUCACCAUUGCGAUCUCGAUCUUGAUCCUGUAAUUGUAGUAGAUGAGUACUUGACUGAUUUUUCAUUUUCUUUUCUUGGUUUUCGUUUUUUUCCACUUAGACUUAUGUGCUCCACCACUAAUAUUAUCCAUCUCGUUUGUCUUCCUCUUCGCAAAGUAUAUAUUGCGCAGCUAUUAUGUUUAUUUUCCUUUGGUUUUCAGUCACUGCGUCACGAAGUAUCUUAAGACUCGCGUCGCGAUAGGUCUUACGAUUGGAGUGCUUGCGGGAUGUGUGGCGUUUGAUCCCCCACAUCUGGGCCUGCCGUAGUGCAUAAAUUUGGGCCCGGCGCAUUCUCCUCGUCCGCAGCCUGAUCUCCUGUCCAUUGAUGUAGUUCGUUGAUUGCAAAAGUUUGCAACAUGAUGUCCGGUAAGCUCGCUAACCUAAGUAAGUAAAAACUAAAAUAUUCAAGAAUCAAUGAAUGCGCUCAGACGUAAACAAACUAUUGCAGGUAAUACGUAAUAUUUGGAAGGUCAUGCUUUUAAAAUUUUAUUUUUUAUUGUGAUUCCAAGAACAAGUAGAAACGAUGCAGCAAUUAGUAGCCCACCUUUCGAGGGCAACCGGGGGUGCAAACGGAUUGAAUACAGGCCGUCGAUAGAAGGGUUGGCUUGAAAAGCUUGACGCCGGUAACGAGAAAAAGGGGCUAUUUGCUUCACGAGGAGUAGGUAGUACAUCAAGAAUCAAUCGAUCAAGUACUAUCCGAGAAGUUCUUUUCGUAGAUGAUGGAAAUUAUUUUUAGAUGAGAGGCGAUGACCGUCGUGGGAUGGAGAUGCAGGUUCGUUCCCCUGUGGACGACGGGUCACCGCGUAUCCAAUCUUAUGAUCGAUGAUGAAGACCACGCACCUAUCGGAUUCAUCUGAACAUGAAAGCACUUACGGAGACGAUUGUCUACUUACGGAGACGAUUGUCUUCAGAAGUUGUUGCAGUUCUUCACGACAGGUUGCAACUGCGACUAUCGUAUCUUCACUACUAGUGCUCGUGGUACCACAACCACUACGACAACCACUGCUUACGAUGCUUGUGCUUCUUUCUCCUCCUGCGGGACCUUUAUGUCUAUUUCUAAUCUUCGGCGCACAUCAUGAU